AGAGUUUCUCACUUUCCACUUUUCUAUUCUACUUUUUGUGGAUCAUUUGGUAGUGUGAAGGCCAGAGUGAUAUGUCUGAAAAAAGAAUGCUCUUCUGGACAAUUGGAGUGGGUACGAUCCUGCUGCUUCCAUUUAUUCACCACUACAAUAAAAAGCACAACAGAAUAACAGCGGAUGGUGUUUCUAGACAAUUGGAUGCCGUCAAUAGGGAGAGCAAAAUUCCGUUGACUCCUUUCAAGAAGAAGCGAUCUCAAGUUCGUUUUGCUGAUGAGCAGACUUCUGUCAUUAACCACGAAGGUAACUCUCCGUUGGAAGUGGUCAUUCCUUACCAGCCCGAACUUGAUUCUACUGAUAGUGCCCCUGUAAUAUUACCAGAACAACGUUUGUCACUUCCGCAUAAUGAAAAGAGACAGUUCAGCAAUCCUAUUCGGUUUUUGAACAGACACCGUUCCUAUAGUUAUUGA